CAUAAGCAAGAGAACGCGCGAGGGUUUAUCCUAUUUCGACGUUCCUUCGACUUAGACAAGAUGAAAUCCCGCACCCGUACCAGUAGGAAGGUGUACCAACGAGGCUCUUUGCUUAUCCUUAUCCUCGUCCUAUGUUGCGCCAUUCUUCAAGCUAAAUGGCCCACGGGGAAGUCUUCGCCCAUCGAACUGUGGAGGACAGGCCACGUUAAGGAAAGCUUGUUUGGAAGUGCCCCUGAAGACGGAGCGGAUAAAGUGAACAAACAAGUAUCACAAAGACUUCACAAACAGCAGGAGGAUGCGGACAGCCAACAGAGCAAAACGUCUAAAAAAGAACGAAAUUUCACCAUCGACUAUCAAAACAAUGUAUUCCUCAAAGACGGGGAACCUUUCCGCAUCAUUGCCGGUGCCAUACAUUACUUCAGAGUACCGAAACCCUACUGGAAGGACCGCCUGCGCAAGAUGAAAGCCGCCGGUGUGAACGCGGUUGAGACAUACGUGGAAUGGAGCGGCCAUGAACCGCAACCAGGAUCUUACAACUUCGUCGGCAUGUAUGACAUUGAAGAUUUCAUCAAGACAGCGCAGUCACUCGACCUUCUAGUCAUACUUCGGCCCGGCCCAUACAUAUGCGCAGAGCGAGAGAACGGUGGUCUGCCUUACUGGCUGCUGGGAAAGAAUGCAAAGAGAACACUUCGGAGAUCGCUCAAGCCUUACAUUUUUGCGGUUGACAAAUGGUUUGGUGUCUUAGGACCACUUAUUGCCCCUCUUCUGUACCACAAUGGAGGUCCGAUUAUCAUGGUUCAAAUUGAAAACGAGUAUGGAACUUCUUUAGCACAUGACUUUUCCUACAUGAAGCAUCUCGUCACUGUAUGGAGGUUGCAUUUAGGUCCUCACGUACCGCUGUUUACAACUGACGGCGCGGAAAAGGAAGCACUAAACUACGGCACCGUGAAGGGAGCUCUGGCGACUGUGGACUUUAAACCUGGUUUUGACGUUCAAGAAGCAUGGCAGCUUGCUCAAGAAGCAAAUCAUGGGAAAGGACCAUUUGUAGUUGGCGAGUUCUACACCGGUUGGUUCGAUCGUUGGGGAGAUAGACAUGCAAGAAUUGACAAUGCUGUAUUUGUCAGAACGCUCGAAGAAAUACUCAAACGGAACGGAUCUGUCAUAUUCUACAUGUUUCACGGGGGUACCAACUUCGGGUUUAGCAAUGGCGCCCAUCCUCCACCGCAAACGACUAGUUACGACUAUGCAGCCCCGCUCUCUGAAGCCGGGGAUCCGACCGAUCUGUACUUUGACAUCGUCGAUGUCAUUUCAAGGUACGGCGUAGGUCGUCCGACGGAUUUGCCAGUGCCGUCUGCCAAGCUCAACUAUGGAAGUGUGAAGAUGUCAUGCGGGCCUUCUUUGAUAAGCACCAUGAAGCAUUUCAGAAGGAUAAACAUGCUGAAAUCGAUUAAGUCUGUCCAGCCAAUGGGGUUUGAAGCAAUGGGACAGGACUACGGAUACGUCAUGUACACUACUACGAUUCCGUUUACGACGAAUCGAACGUCCAAGCUCAGCAUUCCUCGGUUUCGUGACCGAGCUUACGUCACCUAUGGAAGCUCAACCCGCGUCCUCGAACCUCAGCGGGACAUGCCUGCAACGAUUUCAGUGUCGAAAGGAGACACACUGACCAUCACUGUCGAAAACGCUGGGAGGGUCAACCACGGUGAAAAUAUAGGUGGGCAAAAGGGCAUCCUGCAUCACGUCACACUAGAUGACAAGAUGCUGACCCACUGGGUCAUGGAAGCUGUCCCCAUCACCAUAGACUCCCAGGUGCACGAACUUAUCAAGUUCAUCAACAACCCUGAGCACAACUGGGAACAUAACUGUACAACACCUGGUUUCUUCAGCGGUCGCUUUACGCUUCGAGAAGGCGAAGAUACUCUCGACACGUUCCUAGACCCUACAGGUUGGACGAAGGGCGUUGCUUUCAUUAACGGCUUCAACUUGGGAAGGUACUGGUCAGCUAGGGGACCGCAGGUGACGCUUUACCUUCCGGGUUGCUUUUUGAGACCUCACCCGCACGAAAACAACAUCCUCCUUCUGGAGAUGGAAGGCAUGAAGCUCGUCAACAUGUCUGUUAAGCUCACUGAUAAACAUAACAUCGACUGGCGACCACACCCAACAUCCACCACCCGUAGCUACGGCAAAGAGAGUAGGGGGGUAUAAAAGUGCUGUUACGUCUUUAGCAUUCACUGGUAAUGAUAAAGGGGCCGUUAUAUAUCUUUUCCUGGUCCUAUGUUUCUGUUUUGUGCAGGGCGGUAUCGCUCUGCUGUUGAACUGUUGACCGUGCAAUAAAAGUAAAGACAUAC